AUGCCAUCUCUAAUCCAGCAUCGAAGAUCCAUGAAGCAUUGUCCCUGCCUCUGUUGUGAUCCUUUUGAUAGCCAGGAAGAACUGCACGAAGCCCGUCAGCCCUCUAUCGACAAAUACUCUUGCCCUGAAUGCAAGCAGCGCUUUGUCCAGAAACCAUCCCUUGAAGCUCAUCAGCGCGAGAGCCUGCAUGCAUACUGCUACAUUUGUGAUAUCGUCUCUCCUACGAGAUUGCUAAACGCAUUACACGUUCAAUUGCAUUCCCCCGUCCAAGUGAUGACACUAUCCUCAGCGACACAAUUCCGGUGCUGCGAGUGCAAACGAGAUUUCAAAAAUGCAGUCGCGCUCACAAAUCAUCUUCGUUAUAACCAGGUACACGCACUGCGGGAGGGGGCCGAAAAUAAGAACAUACAAAACCAACAAGAUGAGGGCGAUUGGCGAACAAAGUGCAAGAAAUGCCAAAGAACUUUCAAGGAUUGGUUUGCGUUGAAGCAGCAUAUGAAGUCGGUGCGACAUAAGCCACUGAGCGACAUCAAGUGCUUGGCAGAUGCGGAGUGCAAAAUGCAUUUUAAUUGCCCAUCGGCCCAGUUGCAUCAUUUGGAGGCUGGAAGAUGUGUGUCUGGGAUAACGAAGACGAAACUGAAUGCAGCUACUGCAGCGAUUGAUACUGGAAGAAUUAUAACGUCAGGAGGAGUCAGGAUGCAGUGGCAGCUGGAGGACAACACAUCUGAGACUUCGAUAUCACAGAUUCGAAGUCCGAUACUCACCCCAACCUCAACCGAAUUCCUCGACUCCUAUCCACCCUCCACGAUUCCCACGCCCACGCCCACUCUCUCAAUUAGCGCAAGCUUCCACUCCAAGCUCACCCUCUUGCCUCGUGCUUCGCAUGGCUAUCAAACAUGCCCCCUCUGUCCCCUUUCCUCUACUCGCAAAUUCAAGCAUGAUGCACUGCAACAACAUCUUUCAUCAAGCAUCCACAACUUGUCCUCCUUGCCAUUAUCCGUACUUCACGAGACAUCAUUCCAUUGCCCGCGGAUCUUUAUGCGUGAGGGGAAGUAA